CUUUCCUCUUCCCGAUCUCUCAGGUCUGGAGCUUUCGAAAGAGAGUAAAAAAGGAGUUCUCUCCAAAACAUAUCAAUCUCUAUGGAAACCGAUGCGUUCCCAUCGAUUUCCUGAAUUCCCUCUUCCAAAUCCUCUCCAAAAUUCUCAACGCCAGCGAGGAAUUAUGCCAUGGAGGUCCUCAACGCUGCAGGCCUAACACCAGUCUCGCUCCACAAGACCGUCAUCUCUUCAGACAGGAAAGCAGAACCCAAAAAGCUCUUCCCGUUUAGACUCGCGAGGCCUUCCACCUCCGAUGCCCACCCACCCUUUCCCUCGUCCGAGCUUCUCUCCCGUGGUUUUGCCGGGGGUUUAGCCGCUCUCUCCGCGGCACCGUGCGCCGGCGGCCUGGCCAAGGCCCUGACCUACGAGGAAGCUCUGGGCCAGACCGACUUCUCUUUCGGAGGCUCCGCCAGUUUUGAUAUCGGCCAGUUUCUUGAUGGGAUCGUAAAAUUUGGGGCGGCGAAUCCUCUGGUUGUCGGCGGAGGAGUUGCGGUGCUGGCGGUGCCGCUGGUUCUGUCGUGGAUUUUGCAGAAGCCGAAGCCUUGGGGGGUGGAGUCUGCGAGGACUGCUUACGCGAAGCUAUCGGAUGAUGUGGAUGCUCAGCUGCUUGAUAUAAGAGAAGGGAGGGAUUUUAAGGAGGUGGGCAGCCCGGAUGUCCGGGGUUUGAAGAAGAAGGCGGUUUCGAUCAUGUAUAGAGGAAAUGACAAGCCGGGGUUCUUGAAGAAGCUGGCUUUGAAAUUUAAGGACCCUGCGAAUACCACAUUGUUCGUUCUUGACAAGUUUGAUGGUAAUUCUGAACUGGUUGCGGAACUGGUUACAGCUAAUGGGUUCAAGGCUGCUUAUGCAAUAAGAGAUGGUGCAGAGGGAACUCGAGGAUGGAUGAACAGUGGACUUCCAUGGUCACCUCCUAAGAAGGCACUGAAUGUUGAUUUUGGUGAUUUAAGGGAUACAGUUAGUAGUGCACUUGGGGAGAGUUCAGACAGUCUGCCUGUUACUCUUGGAAUAGCAGCUGCUACCGGGAUAGGUCUAUUUGCCAUUACAGAGAUAGAAACAGUACUCCAGCUUUUAGGGUCUGCUGCUCUUAUUCAGUUUGUUACCAAGAAACUCUUGUUUGCAGAAGACCGAAGGGUAACUCUCCAACAAGCUGAUGAGUUCUUGAACACCAAAGUUGCUCCCAAAGAGCUUGUUGAUGAGAUAAAGAUGAUUGGCAGGGCUCUUCUACCGGUACCUACUACUGUGAAGGCUGGUCUACCAGCACCAGUAGAAGGAAAUCCAGAUACUUCUACAUCUUCCAUUCCAGUUCAAAAAGGUGAUGCUGUUCCAGGAACAAAAGCCGAGAUGAAAGAAGCAGCCUCAACUGAACCUUCGCCAACAGUCAACUCAGUUCCCAUAGAAGAAGUUAGGGAAGAAUCAGUUCCAGUAAUGCCGAGACCUCUUUCGCCUUACCCAUAUUAUCCAGAUUUCAAACCUCCAUCUUCACCUUCUCCUUCACCGCCUUAGAGGCUACACUGCAUAUUGUGGAAUUCACGGUCUUCUUUUGUCUUGCAUUCCAUUGCUGAGCUCGAUGACAUUCAGCAGCAUACCAGAGAAGGAUCGCAUCGUAUGAUGUCUCAAACUUUGUAAAAUAGAAUAAAUUGAGGCCCUCCUGCAUAUUUCUAUUGUUUGUCUAGCAGUCUGUGCUGGUACUGUCCGCUUUUCUCCCUUUUUGGUAUAUGUAGGGACAAGUGGCAAGAAAUCUCAAGUAUGUGCAUGGGAUUGCUUUGCUGAUUUACUUUGUAAUCGACUAUUUAAUUCAUCAGAUAUUUCUACUGAGUAUCGAUCAA